AUGCCCUUUUCACAACUCAUCCCUACAAGCUUUCUCCCCAUUCUUUCUGCGUUUGUACGUCUUCAACGCAGCAUCAAAAUUCGAAUGCAUGCACCCUCCGUUCUCGAAUCCUUCGUGCUGAGUCAUCUUAUCCCGAAACGCAGGGAUUCUCUUUCAUCCACUCGUACACAAAAAUCAUCCUUCACUUCCAGAGCCACGAAGCGCAGGUUUUUACUUCCUUCGUUGAAGUUGUCUUCGUCCUCGUUAUCUUCCUGGUCUUCCCGGGAUACAGAAUCUAGCCCAAAACCUGCGGACUCUGUUUCAAGCGCCGAAUCGACCAUCCCCGAUGUUAUUGUAACACCGGCGAGCCCCAUUUGCUCUUUAGCGUUCACAUCUCCUGUAUCCUCCACUCGGGAAAAAAUUACCGAUCGGUUCUGGCCCGAAGAAGAUCUCGAACAGGAUGAUCAAGAUGAGAUAUCUGGAAAUGGCAGGCUUUCGUCGCCGAUGAUAGUGAAUGUGUUGACACCUCCUCCGUAUCACCGACGUGCUCCGAAUGUCAUCGUACAUCAGGACCACGUACGAUCUAGUAACAGUUAUCCUUCGCAUUAUAAAAGCCAGCACGAUUCGCGCCCUAUGCGGUUCCCAUUCUGA